CGCCGCCGUCUCCAGCGUGGAUUUACAUACUCUGAUUUCCGUGGGACUGGGAAGCGAGAGAGGAGGGCAGCGAGCCUUUUCAGGAACUGAGGAAACAGCCACAAACAGCGUACAAUUUAACAACUUGUUGCCCCGUCGUCGUUGUUUUUUCCGCACUUCUAACGCAGCUCACCUCGGAGAAACUUUUCUCGCCUCUUGCGGGUCUCUCCCUGGAUUUCCCCCCUUACGACUCUGCUCUGGAGGUCCGUGCGGAGGCUUGGGAGAAGUCGGGAAGCAGCUUGAGCUGAGCCGGGUUGAAGGGCUGUGGCCAUGGCCGGGGGUGGUGGGGUGUCUCCGCUGGGGCCCGCACCGCCGAUGUGGUAUCACCGGGACCUGAGUCGAGCUGCGGCCGAGGAGCUGCUGGCCCGGGCCGGGAGGGACGGGAGCUUCCUGGUGCGGGACAGCGAGAGUGUCAACGGGGCUUACGCUUUGUGUGUGCUGUUUCAGAAGCAUGUCCAUACGUACAGAAUCCUCCCAGAUGAUGAGGGAUUUCUGGCUGUGCAGACGUCUCAGGGCGUGCAGCCGAAGCGGUUCAAGACAUUGCCAGAGUUAGUGUUGCUGUACCUUCAGCCCAGCCAAGGUCUGGUCACUACGCUGCUGUACCCCGUGGACAGAGAGGAGACCGCCCUCAACGACGACAGGGACUAUUCAGAUGGGGAGGAUGACAAGCCGCCGCUCCCCCCUCGCUCCGCCUCCACGUCCACCCCUCCUGGACCAGACACACCCACAGACAGCGCUCCGGCGGCUAACGGCCUGAGCACCAUCUCCCACGAGUACCUGAAGGGCAGCUACGCUCUGGACCUGGAGGCCGUCAAACAGGGCGCCUGCUCCCUGCCGCACCUCAACAAGACCCUGGUGGCCUCCUGCAAACGCCUCAACGGGGAGGUGGAUAAGGUUCUGUCCGGUCUGGAGAUCCUGUCCAAAGUGUUUGAUCAGCAGAGCGCCUUCAUGGUCUCCAAGAUGAUCCAACAGUCAGUGAAUCAGGGUGGAGACCAGGAGUUGGAGAAUCUUGUGACCAAGCUGGCGAUCCUUAAAGACCUGCUCUCCUCCAUAGAGAAGAAGGCUCUCAAGGCGCUGCAGGACAUCAGUUUGACGUCUCCUUGCUCGCCCCCUCUCUCCAUGCGUCACAGCAAAGCUAUCCCUGUGCAGGCCUUUGAGGUGAAGCUGGAUGUCUACUUGGCAGAACUGACAAAGAUCGGCAAGAGCCAGAAGCACACGCUGUCGGUGGACGUGGAGGGAGGAAGACUGGUGGUGAUGAAGAAGGUGAAGGACAGCCAGGAGGACUGGACCACCUUCACACACGACAAGAUCCGUCAGCUGAUCAAGUCUCAGCGGGUACAGAAUAAACUGGGCAUUGUGUUUGAGAAGGAAAAGGACAAGAGCCAGAGGAAAGACUUCAUCUUUGCUAGCGCCAAGAAGCGGGAGGCGUUUUGCCAGCUGCUGCAGCUGAUGAAAAACAAACAUUCCAACCAGGACGAGCCGGACAUGAUUUCAGUCUUCAUCGGCACCUGGAACAUGGGCUCGGUACCUGCACCCAAGUCUGUGGCCUCGUGGGUGUUGUGCCGCGGCCUGGGGAAGACCCUGGACGAGAUGACGGUCACCAUCCCCCAUGACCUGUAUGUGUUCGGAACCCAAGAAAACUCGGUGUGUGAUCGGGAGUGGGUGGAGUCCCUCCGCACCACGCUGAAGGAACAGACAGAACUGGACUAUAAACCGAUUGCAGUGCAGACGCUGUGGAACAUAAAGAUUGCUGUGCUGGUGAAACCUGAACAUGAGAAUCGGAUCAGCCACGUGGGAGUGUCCAGCGUCAAGACGGGCAUCGCCAACACACUGGGUAACAAAGGGGCAGUGGGUGUGUCCUUCAUGUUCAAUGGCACGUCUUUCGGCUUUGUGAACUGCCACUUGACAUCAGGGAAUGAGAAGAUUGCGAGGAGGAACCAGAACUACCUAGACAUCCUGCGGCUGCUGUCGCUAGGAGACAAACAGCUGAGCUCCUUCGACAUCUCGCUGCGCUUCACACACCUCUUCUGGCUGGGAGACCUCAACUACAGGCUGGACAUGGACAUACAGGAGAUUCUGAACUACAUCAACAGGAAGGAGUUUGAGCCGCUGCUGAAGGUGGACCAGCUCAACCUGGAGAGGGAGAAGAACAAGGUCUUUCUUCGCUUCGCGGAGGAAGAGAUCUCUUACCCGCCCACGUACCGCUAUGAGCGUGGCUCCAGGGACACGUACGUCUGGCAGAAGCAGAAGGCCACGGGGAUGAGGACUAACGUUCCGUCCUGGUGUGACAGGAUCUUGUGGAAGUCCUACCCAGAAACACACAUUGUCUGCAACUCCUAUGGCUGUACAGAUGAUAUUGUGACCAGUGACCAUUCCCCGGUGUUCGCUACCUUCGAGGUGGGGGUGACAUCCCAGUUUGUCUCCAAGAAAGGCUUGCCAAAGUCUUCGGAGCAGGCCUACAUAGAGUUUGAGAGCAUCGAGGCCAUAGUGAAGACGGCGAGUAGAACCAAGUUCUUCAUCGAAUUCUACUCCACUUGUCUGGAGGAGUUUAAGAAAAGUUAUGAGAACGACAGUCAGAGCAGUGAUAAUGUCAACUUCCUGCGCGUGGGCUGGUCCAACAAACAGCUGACGACGCUCAAACCCCUCCUGUCCGAGAUCGAGUACCUGCAGGAUCAACACCUGCUGCUAACAGUGAAGUCACUGGACGGAUACGAGUCCUAUGGAGAGUGUGUGUUGGCUCUGAAGUCGAUGAUUGGCAGCACAGCGCAGCAAUUCCACACCUACCUGUCCCACCGUGGGGAGGAGACAGGAAACAUCAGGGGGUCCAUGAGGGUCCGAGUCCCCUCUGAAAGGAUGGGAACCAGGGAGAGACUCUAUGAGUGGAUCAGCGUGGACAAAGAUGAAGCUGGUGGACCUAAAGGGAAAUCCACCCUGCCUCCCAGAGUGGGACAUGAUUAUGUCAAGCCGUCUGUGACUCGAAAACAGCUAGGAGGAGAGCUGGGGAAGGUCAGUGAGGAGGGAGAAAGGAGUGCCAAGGAGGACCCCGCUGCAAGGUCUAAGCAGGAUUCGUCAGACGGUGAUCCAUCUGUCAGCAAGAACAGCUACAAUAACCCCGCCUACUACAUCCUUGAGGGGGUUCCCAACCAGUCAGCAGCCGCCCUCUCACCUGAGCUCCUCCCAUCGCCUUCCUCUGCCAAUCCGCCAACAGCUAAAGCUCCUCUUCCUCCUGCUGGGGCACGAACCAAACCCCCCACUGCAGCCUCCGUGCCCUCCCACCCACGCAGGCCCACUGCGGGGCACACAGUCCGCACCAUCAGCGAGGAGGGCCCCUCGGAGGAUGAUGGAGGCGCUGGUCUGACAGGGGUGCAGGUGGGAGGAGGAGCAGUGGUUGGAAGCACGCUGAAUCGACCCCCUCCUGACUUCCCCCCACCCCCUCUCCCCAAAGGAGCCCUGGAGAUGGUUUCCGAGGCCCCUUUCCCCAAACCCCGCCCAGCGUACCCAGAUGUGGCCGAGGUCAGGAUUCCAGCAGCCAACCCUGGUGCUCAGUUUGGCAUAGGGGAGGGCUUUAGGAGAGGAGGAGGAGGAGGCGGGGCAGGGGCACUAGAUGACCAGUCUUGUUCGGUGCUGCAGAUGGCAAAGACACUGAGCGAGAGUGAGUUUUCUGGGCAGCCGCCACGCGCCCCCUCCGCACCGCCCCACCUUAGGGGACAGGGGCUGGGCUUAGGACUGGACACCUGCCGCACCUUCCCCCCUCGAAACCCCAUCACAGAGAGCAUCGCAGAGGACCUGCCUGAGGAGGCGCUGUGGGGCAGCAGCAGCUCCUCCCUGUCUGUGGGCGAGUCUUCAGUCGGGGAGUGGCUCCAGAGGCUUGGACUGGAGAGGUAUGAGCAGGGCCUGCUGCACAACGGCUGGGAUGACCUGGAGUUCCUCAGUGACAUCACUGAGGAGGACCUCGAGGAGGCGGGAGUUUUAGACCCCGCCCACAAGCGCAUCCUGCUGGAGAGCCUCCGGCAGCAGCAGCAGCAGCAGCAGCAGCAGCAGCAGCAGCAGAAAUGAACUGUACCAAUCAGGUGUAUGACUGGUCCAACCUGGCCUGGAAACAACCAGGUGUCAAGCAGGCCAAAUCUCAGCUGAACUGAACUGAACCGAACAGAAUUGAACUGAGCUGGAUUGUGCCAAUUUAUUGUGCCUUCUGAGAGAAAUUGCACUCCAUUUUUACUUUAAAAACACUUGUCAAGCCAACGUCCCAUUUCAGAUGUACUGUAUGUAUGUAUGAUGUAAUUGUCGUUGUGACGGCUUUAUUUAAUGAUAAUCAUUUCAGUCCUUCAGGCAUCACUACAUAACCCUUGUUUUAAACCCUAAGGGGCAGAUGCAGGACCACGCAAUAUUAUUAUGACCAGCCAGAAUAGGAAAUGAGACUCCUGUGUGGUGUAAAUUUAUGACGUCUUGUCCACAAGAGAUGGCAAGAGACUGCACAAGUCAGAGAGGAAUAUCGCUCCACCUGUUUCAUACUGCCAGGUCUGACCUGCACCUUCAUCCCAGCAUUAAAGCUUGAUGGCCUUGCUUUGCCCUGUGGAGUAAUAUGUAUUUAACUCAGAACUGAGAAAUUUCAGACUUUCAAGUAAAAAAAAACUGAGAAGAGGACAUUUUGUCAUAAAAACCUGAAGCCAGAGUCUCCACUCCACAUGACUCAGCUCAGGCUCUUCUGACAUCACCGUCCUCUUCUCACCUCUCAGGUUUGAUCAUUUCCCCUCUAACAGGCGGGUUUAGGAAACGGGGGAGAAGCUAAUUCUUAGUCACACCCCACAACUCGGGCCCAGCAGCCCGCUUGCUUGGCAGGAAUUGGUGACAUCAUCAGAGUGAAAGUGAGAGGAGCGAGACCUGAUGCAUGUCUGACUGAAGUGAGCACAACUCACAUUUUUCAGAUUGUAUUUUUGUGAUGAUGCGUCGGCUGCUGUUAUUCACAUGGUGGCAUGCAUCCUUGUUGUUAAUGAUAUGUGUCAGUGUCUCUGCAUGUAUUUAUUGUUUCAUGGGCUUUUUUCUGUUUUUAAGAUAAAGGGAAUAUGGAGCGAAACAACCAAAUCGGCACAACAAUAUUUCACUUUGGUACAGCAUUAUCAGUUUUUAAUUUGCUCUCCUCAAGUGACUUUGUCAGCUGUCAGCCUCUGACAUUACCGGCUACCUAGGGGCAAUAUUUGGGUCUUUUUGUACAGACACGUUAUGAAGUCAUGAGCUUAUAUGCAAGACUAUAAAUGCUGCACCAAACUGAAAUAUUACUUGGAAGAUUUUACCCAUUAUAUGGCUCCUGUUCACAUUUUAAUUGUCUGUGAGGACUUUUUCAAAUUUCAAUUUAUGGAAUAAGA